UGGUACGAAUAAAAUUUUCAACGUCGUCAUGUCGCUGCGCGGUCUUCCCAAGCCUGUCCAAUCACAGCAUCUUUUGGCAAUUGCAGAAUCGGGUUUCACCCUAGAAGCGACCUCGACACGCCGAAUACUAUAUAUAAGAUCUAUCGACAUGCUCCAACCCACAGUUCUCCUCUUUCUUUCACCUUCGUCUUCGUUCUUUCUUACUUCCCCAUGUUGUUCGUUCUUCCCUGCGUUCUCUUUCUUUCUGCCUCUGCCUCUGCCGCCAACUUGAGACGCCAAGAUGCCACGGGUGCAACCACCGACACCGCUGUAGCCACCGACACCGCUUUAGCCACCGACACUCUUGCGGCUACAGACACCCUUGCCACCGUCGCUUCAGAAAUUACCUCCGCAGCAGCAUCCUUCGCCUCUGCCGGAACAACCGAUGUUUCUGGUUUGAUUUCGGCGGCAACAGCGUACACGUCUAACCUGAGUGGAUUGUCAUCCGUGGCUGCUAGUGCACUCUCCGACGCUGGUAUUAGCAACACUGCUUCGGCUCUGUCUGAAGCUUCGUCCUUUUUGAGCGAGGCUACAGCUUCAUCAUCACACAGCUCAGCUAGCUCAGCCCGGUCAAGCUCCGCCACUGCUUCCGGUUCUUCUGCUGCCUCAUCAGCUUCGUCCUCCGCGUUCAAUGCCGCUAUUGCUGGCCAUUCUGUGUCUUCCUCAGUGCUCGUAGGCCUGACAACCGUCACUGCUGGGCUUCUCACGGGUGCUUGGGCCACAUUUUUGUAGAUAUUAAAACGUUUCCACAGACUCCUCGUAGCUACUACAAUGGACUCUCUUCCCUAAGACGACAGAAGUGUUUCUGGACUUUCAGUACAUACUGUGGUAUAUAUACACUAAUGUAGUAUUUGCAAACUU